AUGACCACUCCUUCAACCUCUUCCGCUCUUCCUCAGUUCUCCAUGGAUCCAGCCCCAAACAUAAAAUGUCCUUUUCUUCGACAAACAUUCAGACUUUUCAGAUUUGGCGUUACACGACUUCGGACUCAAGGCAGAUCCACUGCCAUUGACGUGGACUCGCCCAUCGAGAGGCUUCCACUUGAGCUCAUAAUCCUCAUAUUAGACUAUGUGCCCGUGGUAUCAGGAGCAAGCUUAAGCCUGACUUGCCAUUCCUUCUACUCAUGCCUCAGAAAUCGGUGUUUGGACUCGCUCAAGAAGGCUGGACAAUCGACCACGUGCGAAUUCCUUUAUUGCCUGGAACGUGACCUGCCAAACCACGUCGUUUGUCCAAGUUGCGUCCAACUUCAUCCCAUAUCCAACGCCAAGGAGUACCACCUACCUUCGAGUACGAAUUCCAGUCGAGCUUGGUUGGCAUGCUGGCGAAAGGACUUGACCAGCGGACUUGAAAGAGGGACAUAUGCCGAGUUUUCGUCGACUGGUUUCCACAUGGCAAUGAAAGCCUACAGGCAAUCCCGUGAGAAUACGCAAGUUUUAAAACUUCUUGGCUGCGAAAGUAAGAAAAAGUUCGACUGGGGGUUUAAAGAACAACGUACAGCGGAAGCUCGGAUUCAAAACGGAUCGCUCUUCGUGCGCGAGCAGAGAGUGUUCAUAGUGCCAUCCUCUAAAGACAUUCCUCUGCCAUGGUUUGGUGGAAUCAUUAUUUGCCCUCAUAUAAGCUUCGCAGCAAUGACAAGUCUGCACAAAUAUGGUAUCCAGAUUCCGACGGCGACCGAGAUCGAAGAUUUCGAGAAUAAGCAAGGCCUUAUAGACUGUAAUCAUUGUUACACGGAGUUCCAAGUCGAUUUCAAAAGCUAUGGCAAGGCGGGUAAUGCGAUGUUCCUGACAAGAUGGAUGGAUCUUGGGGAGGGGCGAGAUUUCAAUGACCAUAAGUUCAGAAGUCGACUCAGUAGUGUUGAGGAGACAUCGUGGACCGAAGUUGUCUAUCAGCGAGGAUCAGUCUGUGCGUCUUUCGAGCAGAAACCUGCGGCAGAUUUCAAGUUCGAUUCGAUCCUAUCCUACCAGGACGAGAAAGAUUUGACCACGGAAAUUCCUUGGCCGUGGCCAGAAAGGAUAAAGGUAACACUCGUUGGCAUCAAGCAAAGUUAUGUGGUCAGGAAUGGCAGUUUAGUUAUGUUACGCAACUUAUGA